AUGAGUCGGAGGCUGAAAGGGUGUGAUGAUGAGGAUGAAGAACUGGUCCCAGUGAAGGUGUUCCGAGGUCACAGCGGCACCGUCACCGCUGCUCGACUCUGUUUCAACGGCAGCAGCAUCUUCAGCUGCUCCACAGACCGCACCGCCAUCCUCUGGGAUGUGGAGAGCUGCAGACCUCUGAGGGUGUUUGAUGGACUUCAUGGUAAAACCAUCACUGAGUGCGCUCUGAUCCCAAACAGCAGCAGGGUGGUGACUGUCUCCUGGGAUAAGUCGAUGGUGUCCUCAGACCUGGAGACAGGACAGACUCUGUGGAGGUGGAGGCAGGCCGGCCUGCUGACCUCUUGCAGCUCCUCGUGUGACGGCCAGCUGCUGGUUUGUGCCGCAGAUCCUCAGAACAGCGUUUACAUCGUGGACGCAGCCGGCGGACAGACGGUGCACCACGUCAGCGAUCAUCACCGUUCCACCAUCACACGGUGUCGGUUCGACCCUCGCAGCCAGCGAGUGGCCACUGUGUCUGCGGACCGAAGCGUCAAACUGUGGGACCUGCUGUCUCAGAAAACCACCGUGUCCGUCAACAGUUACCAUGGCAACGUUGUCUCUGACUGCUGCUUCACCAACAAUGGGCACUUCCUGUGCACAGCAUCAUGGGAUAAAAGCUUAAAGCUGUGGGACCUGCAGGCGGGAGGGUUUCGAUCUCACGGCGGGACGACUCUGCAGAGCGGCCAUGAAGGCAGCGUGAGCUCCUGCAGCUUCUCUGCUGACGCAAAGCUGCUGGUGUCUGGCUCCUACGACAGGACCGUUGCACUCUGGGAAAUGUCCUCCCUCUGCCAGACUCUCAUCCUGAAGGGACACAGUGAUUGGGUGACGGAUGUGUCAGUCAGCUCUGACAGGAAGUUGGUAGUCUCUGCCUCCAAGGACAGGACUGUCAGGCUGUGGGACAUAGAGAACAUGGAGAGAAUCCCAGGAGUCCUGCAGAGGAGGGCUGAAGGAACAGGAAGUCACAUCCUCGAGUGUGAGGAGUGUGGGAAGCCCUUCCCUGCGUCCAGACGACAGACCUCAGAGCCGCUGACUCAGUGCGUCUUCUGUCGACUCAAAUCGCCCUCCAGAUACCGACCACAGCCCCCACCUCCCGUCUAA